AUGUCUGGAACCGCAGCCUGGCCGCCGUCUAACGGUGUCACUUCCAAGAUCGUUCCGCGAGAGAAUGCCGUUUUCCAGAUUUCCUAUUCGACCGUCGUACGCGCCCCAGCACCGCUCGUUUUCGACACGGUCCUCCACGCCGCCAACUAUCCGGCAUGGAACACUUGGGUCCCUCGCGCGGAAAUCCUCACACAACCCUCGUCCCCUGAGGGCCCGCAAGAUGGAAAGGCAAGCGAUGACGCCGCACGACUGCGACAUCGUAUGACCAUCGGCUGCACAAUGCGUUUCACCGUCGUUAUGAACGCAGACAAACCGGACGCUGUCACUUUGACACCGCUGAAGGUCGUAGACAUCUGCACCCCCUCGUCGCCGACAUCGUACCUUACGCCCGAACAACUCGAGGAUCCAGCAUUCACGGCUGAUCUCAGCAAGGUAUACAGGGUGAGCUGGACGGGCAAUGGAGGCAUGUACGCGUUCGGCAUGAAGCUGGAAAGAUUUCAUGAGGUCAUCGUCACCGGUGAGAACGAGUGCGAAGUUAGGACCUGGGAAAUCAUGGGUGGCAUGCUUUCGAGGCUUGUCAAGGUCUUGUACGAGGACACGCUGAAAGGCAAGGUCGGCCUCUGGUGUGAGGAUCUAAAGAAGUACUGCGAGAAGGUACAUAACGAGGCGGUGACAAGUGGAGAAGCAUGA